GUAAAAUUUCAGUAUCAAAGUUCAUUAGGCAAAACCAAAUAUGGCAAAUAAGGUAAACUAUGCUGGGAUAGCGGGAUUCGUCGUUGCUUUUUGUGGAACUGUUUUGUUGGCGUUGAGCAUGUCAACGAUUUAUUGGAGAUCUCCGAAGUUUGAAUCGGACCGGAUAUCUGAUGAAACAGAAGUAAAUACCGGACUAUUCGUCACCUGUACUGUCGAGUCAUGCACUAAUAUCGGAUGGUUAACAAAUGCAGGAGCAACUUUAACAACCACACGUGUUCUUCUUUUGGUUGCAUGCGUUCUUAUCAUCAUCAGUCUCAUCAUUGGUGUAAUAGCUUUGUGUGGACACGCUGACAUAGUAACAAAGGGCGCAAUGGACAUUGUUAUUGGAAUCAUCAUCCUUUCUGCCUGUAGUGCAUACACUGGACUGACGAUUACACUUGAUAGAUAUCAGGAUGGAAAACCAUCAGCUCGUGACUUUAACUGGGGGUUCUAUCUAUGCUGGAUAUCUUGCGCCGUUUUCAUCAUAGCCGGUGUUUUCGAAGUGAAAGGAGAACAAGAGAUUGGAAAGAAGUCUAAGAUUCAUCCGGCAUCGAUACAGCAACAAUUGAAGUGGACAAGGACAAACCAGCCUUCAAAUAUUUCAGGCAGCAGUGCAUCAGUAGAGCAAACUAGAUCAAUCCAGGAUGACCAAAAAAUAUCAGCAGCUUAACAAAUAUAUAUUUUUUUUAAUUACCAUUUGCUAAUUUCUGUUUUGAAGAACACAUGGCCGUGACCUCCCGCUCUCUCCUCUCGUCUGUGAGCCCGGAGAAGUUUUUGAUUAAAUAUGCUAUGUAGAUAAAUAUAUAAAUAAUGAGGAGAAAUAAUAAUGUACGUCGGAAAAGAAUGAAAUUUGAUUUCUGAAGUUCUUGCUUUGGAAUAUGACGAUUGAUAUUGUUUGAGGUGGCAUGGUACAUAUUUAUGAUUCUUUUGAAACAGCGAGUAAAUUUUCAUUUUCUUUUGUAGCUUCAUUUUGUACAUGAAUCUUGUUGUAAAUUCUU